GGAGGGCACUCCGUUCCCAAGAUGGGGUGGUACGUGUUGGCACGGCACGCAUGAGAGAGAGGCACACACUACAGUCACGCCGUACCACUGCUUGGCGCCAUUUCAUCUGCUGUGUGUUGGUGCGUGUCUGUGUGUGGUGUGCAGGGUCCAUUUCUUCAAAAUCUACGUCAACGACUACCUUACCAACCCUGUGGUGAACAAACAAACAGACAGACAGACAGGGCAGCACGGGUGCAAGACAGACAGACAGACAGGCAGGCAACACACAGACAGGCAGAUCAGCGCUGCGGCCCCCCCUCCUUCCCUCCCUCCCCGACUGCGACCCAUCUCUGCUCGUCUGUCUGUCUGUCUGUGUGUGCGUCGUUGCUGUGACGUAUGUCUGUAUGUCAGGUCCGUUCCCGCUACCACGAGUGGAUCAAGUUUUUCGCCGUGCCCCCCGCGCUGCUGAUCCUCUACUUCAACUACUGGGAGCAGGUCGUCAAGGGCUCGCUCGAACGCAAACGUGCAGAGGCGCGGGAGAGACGCGUGGCGGAGCGCAACCGCAUCUUCGAGGAGACGAUAAUCCCCGCACCCGUGUCGGCCAUGCACCAGUGCAAGUGGUCCGACAAAGGACACCACUAGACAGACAGGCGUGUGACACACACACACACGCUUACUCAGACAGACUGCUGUGUGUGUCUGCGCCUGUGGGUGUGAUGUGACCGGCUGGCUGUCUGGCUGCCUGUGGGGGUGGUGUGGUGUGGUGUGGUGUGGCAUGGGGUGUGGCUCGGGUUUGGGGGUGGGUUGGGAUGCGGUUGUUUGAACCGAAC